CUCAGUCAGUUAGAAGACUUCCACGCGAGAGUACGUCUCCCGUUAACGAGACAAAGUUUCUCAAAAACAAUCUGUGCUGACUGCUGUGACAGUUGUAGUGAAGUGACAUUGUGGAUUUUCUAUCGAUAAAACCGAUAACCGCGCUAUCGGGAGCCAUGCGAUCGACAUAAUCUCGCCACGACAUCUGCGAGAGGGCGACAUCUCCACAAAUCCUGAGAUAAAGACGUUUAUAACCUCCUCCGACAAGAUUAAGCGGCAGUACACGACGUAACUCGUGAGCAUCGCGAUUACAGGAUAAAAAAAAACAUUAAAAAGGCUGUGGCAUUCUCAACACAGCCCCGUAAAAAAGUUUUGGUGUGCAAUUCGAAAUUUGAAAAGUGACAGGUGUAGUGUUGUGCCGCGUUUAAACGCGUGCAGUGACUGGUAAACGGACUCGACGAUGGCCACUACUGGCAGUGAGAUGUGGCUGCAGUGGUUUGCCUGCUGCUACCAGCCCGAGGUCCACACGAGGCGCACGCGCAGAAGGAUAGACAGAUCCAUGAUUAGUGCACCAACCAAUUUCCAGCACACGGGACACAUAGGGUCAUCCGACAUGGAGAUGCCGUCCUCGCUGCUCCACUCCAUACAGAACCAGAUGCAGAGCAAGGGCGGAUACGAGGUGCCGCAUGGGGUUAAGGUCUACUGAUGAGGAAGCCAGCAGAGUGAAAACUGAAUCUUGAACUAUUUAAGUGUAGUGUAGUCGUAGUUAGGUUGUGUGUUUGUAAAUAGACGAUAUGAGUUACCUAAGAGUA